CGGAGCUUCGGAAGAGGGCGAGGCCUGGAAAACGGCUUUUAGACUGAGCUGGCGUUUGGCGAUUGGCUUCGCGGCUCAGCGGCGGGGAGACGCGGCGGCGGUACCGCUGCUGUCGGCGGGGUAAAGCCGCCCAGACCGCUCUCCUGUUUCCCACGCUCACCUGGGCUCUGGCUUUUCCUCAGCCUUGGAGGAAGACGGUCUGUGGAAGGAACAGUCUCGGUAGAUGGCUGCAGAGCUAAAGACAGGGCAGCCGUCCUAGGAGAAGACAGGCUCCUGGCGUUCAGAAGAAGGCCUGCUUGGGCACUGCUUCCUGUUGCCAAGAGUUUCUAGAAAUCUGCCUCGAACAUGAACACGCAGAAAGAAUCACAGGAUAACGCCAUCGUCCGAAUAGCAGCUCAUUUACCAGACCUCAUUGUCUAUGGCAAUUUCUCUCCGGAGCGGCCCUCCGUGGAUUAUUUUGACGGUGUCCUGAUGUUUGUUGAUAUUUCAGGUUUCACUGCCAUGACGGAGAAGUUCAGCACCGCCAUGUACAUGGACCGCGGGGCCGAGCAGCUGGUGGACAUCCUGAACCACUACAUCAGCGCCAUCGUGGAGAAAGUGUUGCUCUUUGGAGGAGACAUCCUGAAAUUUGCAGGAGACGCGCUGCUAGCCCUGUGGAAGGUGGAACGGAAGCAGCUGAAAAACACCAUCACCGUGGUGGUCAAAUGUAGCCUGGAGAUCCACGGCCUGUUUGACGAGAAGGAGAUGGAAGAAGAGGGCCUGGACAUCCAAGUGAAGAUAGGGCUGUCUGCCGGCCACAUCACCAUGGUAGUCUUCGGGGACGAGAGGCGCAACUAUUUCCUGGUGACCGGCCAGGCGGUGGAUGACGUGCGGCUGGCACAGAACCUGGCGCAGAUGAAUGACGUCAUCCUGUCCCCCAACUGCUGGCAGCUAUGUGACCGGAACAUGGUGGAAAUGGAAAAGAUUCCAGACCAGAGAGCAGUGAAGGUUAAGUUCUUAAAACUACCUCCUACGUUUAACUUCGACGAAUUUUUCAAAAAGUGUAUGACCUUCAUGAACUAUUACCCUUCGAGCCAGCUCAAAACGCUGAGGCUGGCCUGCCUGCUGGAGUCCAACGCGGAGCUGGAGGGGUCGCUGCAGAAGUACCUGAUGGAAAGCAUCCUGAAGCAGAUUGACGACAGACAGCUCCACGGCUACUUGUCUGAGCUGCGUCCGGUGACGAUCGUGUUUGUGAACCUGCUGUUUAAAGACCGAAGCAAGGUAGAAGCCAUAGGCUCGGCCAUCCAGAGCGCCUGCGAGCACAUCACCUCCGUCCUGCAGGCCUUCCGAGGCCAGAUCAAUAAAGUCUUCAUGUUCGACAAGGGCUGCUCUUUCCUGUGCGUGUUCGGUUUCCCUGGAGAAAAGGAGCCCAAUGAGGUCACCCACGCCCUGGAGAGCGCUGUGGACAUAUUCGACUUCUGCUCAAAGGUCCCCAAGAUCCAUACCGUGUCCAUCGGCGUGGCCAGCGGCAUCGUCUUCUGCGGGAUCAUCGGGCACAGCACGCGACACGAGUACACAGUCAUCGGUCGGAAGGUGAACAUCGCCGCCAGGAUGAUGAUGUACUAUCCGGGGGUCGUGACGUGCGACUCGGUCACCUACAGCAGCAGCAGCCUCCCGGCCUACUUCUUCAAGGAGCUCCCCAAGAAAGUCAUGAAAGGCGUCGCCGAUUCGGGACCCGUCUACCAGUGCUUGGGCCUCAACGAGGAAGUUGUGUUUGGCAUGGCGAACCUCAGGGCCAAAGGAAACGAGAGCUACCCUUUGCUGGGACGCGACAAGGAGAUCAAGUACUUCAUGGACAAUAUGAAGAAGUUCCUGAUAACCGGCUGCAGCCGCGUCCUCAUAUACGAGGGCAACCCGGGUUACGGGAAGAGCCAGAUCCUCAAGGAGAUCGAGUACCUGGCCCAGGGGGAGAGGCACAGGACUGUUGCUAUCGCACUGACAAAGAUCAGCUUCCAUCAGAAUUUUUAUACCAUCCAGAUAUUCAUGGCCAACGUGCUAGGCCUGGAUACUUGUAAACAUUACAAGGAGCGGCAGAUCAACAUUCAAAAUAAAGUCAGGAAACUGAUGAAGGAGAAUUUCUACUGCCUCCUUAACGACAUUUUCCACGUCCAGUUUCCCACUUCCCGGGAGAUCUCCAGGAUGAACGCCUUGAAAAAGCAGAAGCAAGUGGAAAAACUGUUUAUGAAGAUGCUGGAGAAAACUUCCAGAGGCGAGAGGAUUAUUCUCAUCAUCGAUGAGGCCCAGUUUGUGGACCACACCUCCUGGGCUUUCCUGGAGAAGCUGAUCCAGACGGUCCCCAUCUUCAUCAUCAUGUCACUGUCGCCCUUCGUGGAAGAUCCCUGUGCGGCCGCCACUGCCAUCAUGAAGAACAGGAACACCACCUACAUCACGCUGGGUGCUGUCCUGCCCAAGGACAUCCGCAACAAGGCCUGUUUCGACCUCAACGUGACCGGCAUCUCUAGGGAGCUGGACAUGUACCUGGUGGAGGGGAGCUGCGGGAUUCCAUUUUACUGUGAAGAGUUGUUGCUCAACCUCGACCACCACAAGGUCCUCCUUUACCGAGCGAUGGAGUCUGGGGAGAAGUCCAGCAUGACGUGGAAUAACAUGUUCAAGAGUUUCAUUAAGUCAACAGAUGAAUUAAAAAUAUAUUUUAAUGAGGAGGGAAACGACGUAGUCUGUCACCUUGCAAGUGGCGUCAGACUGAAAAACUUGUCACUCCCAAUGUCAUUAAAAGAAGUCUCCCUGAUCCAGCUGGACAGCAUGAGCCUGUCCCACCAGAUGCUGGUGCGGUGCGCAGCUAUCACGGGUCUCACCUGCACCACGGAGCUGCUCUUCCAGAUCCUGCCUUGCUGGAACGUGAAGAUGAUGAUCGAGGCCCUGACCACCCUGGUGGAGGCAGACGUCUUUGUUUGUUUCCAGAACGGCAGGGACUUGCGCUUGGCCCAGCAGCAGGACGCCUCCUUCGAGGUGCAUCACCGCUCCUCGGCCCUGCAGCCCAGCGACGGGACCGACGACAAAGACAAAGACAGAGAGCUCCAGGAGCUGCACAACGAGGUGAUCCAGUGCCACAUCAUCCGAUUCUGCAAGCCCAUGAUGCAGAAAGCAGCCUAUGAGCUGUGGCUCAAGGACGAGAAGAGAGCCAUGCAUCUGAAAUGUGCCCACUUCCUGGAGGAAAAUGCCCACCGAUGCGGCCGCUGCCAAGGCACCGACUUCGUUCCCUAUCACCACUUCGCGGUGGAUAUCUGGCUCAACAAACUGGACAUGGACACCAUGAGGAAUCUGGCUACACCCCACAGUUGUCUGUCUGAAGAAGAGGCCCCGGCUUCUAGAUUAGAGCUUCGUAAGAAACCUGAGUUAUUUCCCGAAGACCUCAGCCCCGAGGAGAUAAAGGAGAAGAUCUUGGGGUUCUUCGACACGGUGAUAGACAAGAUGCAGCAGGGAGAGGAGACCCUUGUGCCCCAGGAGCCGUGCCAGUGCGAGGACAUUCUCACUGUCGUCAUCCUGCCCCUGGCCCAGCACUUUGUGGCUCUGGAAGAAAACCACAAGGCCUUGUACUACUUCCUGGAGAUCGCAUCCGCCUGCCUUCUCCUCGGUGACAACUACAUGGCGUACGUGCAUUUGAAUGAGGGACAUAGGCUGCUGAGAAUACUCAAGAAGGAAAAAACUUGGAGUCACACUUUCGAGUUGGCUACUUUUUAUACCCUUAAAGGUCAGAUUUGCUUUAAUAUGGGCCAGAUGGUGCUUGCCAAGAAAACGCUGAGGAAGGCACUGAGGCUCCUCAACCGCGUCUUUCCUCACAACUUACUCUCCCUGUUCUUCCACGACCACAUGGAGAGAAAGAAGCACUCCCAUUAUUUGAACCAGCAGGUCCAAGACAGCCCACCAGGGAGGAAGAGGCUGGCAGAACUCUACCAGCAGGAGGCCUGCUUCUCCUUGCUGUGGAAGAUCUACAGCUGCAGUGAUUAUUUUCAUAAGUGUUAUGCCCACCUGACAGCUAUGAUGCAGGUGAACACAGCCCUGGAGACGCAAAACGACUUCCAGAUCGUGAAGGCUUUCCUGGACUACUCGCUGUUCCACCAGCUGGCCGGCCACCAGGGCGUGUGGUUCCCCUACGAGCUCAAGGCCAUGGAGCUGAUCGCCCACCUCCCCCUGGAAGGCGAGGCCAUCGAGAUGGUGGCCUACGUGGCGCACGUCCUGAGUCACAUCAAGUUUUUCAUGGGCCACCUGGACCUGGCCAUCGAGUUAGGCUUCCGAGCUCAAAAGAUGUGGGCCCUGCUGCAGAACCCCAACAAGUACUGCUCCGUGCUGUGCAGACUUAGCAGCUCUCUCCUGCUGAGAAACAGAUACAAGCAGCUGAUCCCAGUGUUGCAGUCGCUGUGGCGGCUGUCCUCGGAAGAGGAGCACAUUUUCAGCAAGGCGUAUUUCUACUUCAUGUGCUUGGACAUUAUGCUUUACUGUGGCUUCGUUUACAAACCGUUUGAGGAAUGCCUGCAGUUCGUCAGCCUCCACGAGGACAACACCAUCCUCCGGUUCCACAGCGGAAUCCUCCUGGGGUUUUACUCGGGCCUGGCUAUCUGGUACGCCAGGCUGCAGGAGUGGGACAACUUCACCAGCUUCUUCAGUAAAGCUAAGAGUCUGGUGACACGGAGAACCAUGACGACCGAUUACUACGCAGGAACUGUGAAGUACGUGGAAGGGCAGGUCCUCCACCUCCAAAGGCAGAUCGAAGAGCAAUCCCACAAGGCCCAGGACAGCGGGGUGGAGCUGCUCAAGAACCUGGAGAAUCUCCUGUCUCAGAACACCACGGGCGCCGUGUUCCACCCGCGGCUCUACCACAUGAUGGCCUACGUGUGCAUGCUCAUGGGAGACGGGCGCAACUGUCACCUCUUCCUCAGCAAAGCGCUGGAGAUCUCGGAAACGCAGGGCAACGUGCUGGAGAAGAGCUGGCUGCUCCUGAGCAAGGAAUGGUGGUACUCAAACGCGGAGCUCAUGGAAGACCAGUGGCUCCACACGGUCCUGACUCUUCCAUCCUGGGAAAAGAUUGCCUCGGGCAGGACACAGCUGCAGGCCCAUACUUCUCUUCUCCCUGCGGAGCCCGAGAGGUUCAAGUGUCAGAGGCAGCAGCUGCCUGAGUCUCUGAGCCUGGCCUGUCCCAGCACCUGCACCUCUCAUCUGCCAGCCCUUGGUCCCCACCCUGGCCCUGCCACCAAGACACCGGGCUUCCCUGCUAAACAGCUUCGAGCAGUCAGAGGUUUUGCUCUCUGUAGCCUGACCUAGUGCUGCCCUUGGGAAUCAGAUAAGUUUAAACUUUUGCUCCCAACC